AUGGCAGUUGCACCGGGCACCGAGGCAGCAGAAAACGAGUUGGCAGACCUCCGCCUGCCCUCUUCUGUGUGUCACCGACUGCUUGUUUUCGGCCGGCUAACGGUCCUGUUUGUCUUUUGGUUUUUCCCAAAAAAGCUCAGUCGGAGGAAACGUAAAACGUGUCUGCAGACCUCCAUCUGCCCUCUUCUGUGUGUUGCCGACUGCUUAUUUUUGGCUAACGCUCCUGUUCAUUUCUUUGUUUUUUUUUUUGUUUUUCCUCUUGCUACGUGUCUGAUCUGGACCCGGGGCUGUGCAGAGUCGGAGCUGGCUGCGGUGGGCAGCAGGAGGAUGCUUUUCCCCGGGUGUGGAGGCAUCAUUCCCGGCCCCCAGGAGGUGCCCUCGUCCCGGGGCCCCACGGAUGUUUCAGACCUGGGCCUUGGCCUUCAGUCCCUGCGCCUGUCGGGCUGGGACCGGCCCUGGAGCAGCCAGGAAACGGACACGCACACCCCCCCGUCCCAGGUCCAGACCAGCUCCCCCUCCAGCAUCCUGAACAGUCCCUUCAGUAGCAUCCUGGGGAAGCCUCAGGGCUACCUGCCCCACGAGUCCAUGAGCAUGACGGCGGACUUCCUGGAGAAGUUCCCGGGCAUGGCCCGCAUGGCCACCCGCCUGGACUCCAGCUCCUUCCUGGACUCCCGCUCCAGCAGCCCCGAGGACUCUGAGACCAGCGGGUUCAGCUCCGGGUCCGACCACCUCUGCGACAUGCUGUCCACCUUGCGGAUUUCCCCCCCCCUGCCCUACCUGGCGUCGAACAUGCAGAAGGACCUCCUGCGCCUGGGUUCCCGGCUGGACCCGCAGGACUCCAGCUCCCCGCUGACCCCCCCCCUCCAGCGCCAGCCCCGGGUCCUCCUCCCUGUCCCGCCGCUGGCGAGCCGGCUCCCCCUGGCCCGGGUCCGACGCGCUGGACCCGGAGGAGACGUUCAGCAUCGAGAGGGAGGCGCGCCUGCACAGGCAGGCCGC